AUGUACACUCCUCAGUCCAACAGGCCGCGACAACUCUCUCACGAUGCAAGGCGCACCAAUCCAAAAUAUGACGGAACGUUUGGAAGGAAGGCUGCGAUCGGAUGGAAAUGGCUUAAGAAAAAUUGGUUUUUAACUGGCACGUGCUUCUUGUGUCAAAUAGUUACCACCCGGAAGGAAUCAUCACUCGAUGAGAAGGUCACCCUGCUCGAUCAGCGCUUAGUUAGUCUAGAAGAACAAGGUUUGAACACGGCCGCAGACAUCAAAAGUCUUAUCGAUGGAAUGUUGGACGUAGUCAAAAGGUCCGAAUUCGAAGAAGUACUUCUACUGACAGAGAACCGCUGGGGGAGAAUGUCAGGCCAAGCAAAGCAGGAAGGCCAUGAAUCGAUCGUGACUCCAAGGAAAGAUUUUGCCUCUUUUUCUGCUGGUGCAUCAAUCAUCGACACCUUGACAUCCCCAACGUGGAGUAACGAUCGCGAAAUCCAACCAUCAAAAUUCACACUUUUCAAAAAAAGCCAGAAAGUAUUCGGUAGUCCUCCGCUUACCGUGCUUGUUUCCGAUCUUAGCCUUGGCAUAUGCUGGCCCUUCCACGGAACCACGGGACAGAUUGGAAUUCGACUCUCGCGAACAAUUUGGGUUGAAGGAAUCACGAUCGGUCACGUGCCUCGAUCUUUGGCAUACGAUAUCCGAACAGCGCCCAAACAGUUCGAACUUUGGGGUUUAGAUCACGGCAACCAGGAAGUUGAGGGAAACUUAUUGCUAGAGGGUACUUACAGCAUCCACGGCUUGGAGAACGUUCAGGAAUUCUUAGUCCCGAAAACAAGAUUGCAGCUACAUUCGAAAGUGGUCCUAAAAAUCAAAUCAAAUCAUGGAAAUCCGGAUCUGACGUGUAUCUACCGGGUGCAAGUGCAUGGUAAAGUGAAGGAUAACCAUGAGAACUAUGACUUGGAUCAUGUAACACCGACAUAA